AGGCCAUGGAGAUCCGUAAGCGAAGCCCGAGGACCAUCAACCGGGAUGAGGGAGCAUACAUGCUCUCCCACACCUGGAGUGCCAUCUUGCAGGGGACAAACAGACAGUAGAAGGCGUGACCGACCUGUCAAACCAGACAGGAAGGCCACGCCUUCAGAAACAGCAGCUGAUAAAAGAUGCGUCACCAAUUAACAUCCGGUGACACUCUGAGGAAGACGGAAGUUGUACGUCGAAACAUGUCAGUACUCUGUCGAAACUCAUAAGGAAGAUGGGAUUACCGAAUAUCACACAAAUCGAAAACAACUCAACAACAGAUGAAUCACUUCAUGACUCACCUGUGUUUUUUUAACUUCACGUGAAUAUCACUUUUUUUUAACAUGUGGUUUCCCUCAUGGGAAUAUUGUUCAUGCUUUCACAUGCCAUAACAUAACCAGCCCUGUCUCCUGUAAGAAUAAAGUUUAAGAUCAUGUGACCUUGAAGAUCCAUAAAGGUUUAUUUUCCAUCUCCUCCCUCCUCUUGCACAAUAUGUUUUCAUUAAAAGUAUAUAAGCUCAGUGGGCUACUCAGAACACAAGAGAAAGAAGAAACAUGACAGAGAGCCAAGUGAGGGACACGAACCGGGUCAGGAACAUGUAUGAGGGAGUUAAUCCAGCUGGCAUGACUGAACGAGAGAAAAAAAAGCACAGAGAUGAAACUCUUCUCAGAAAUCCAGAUGUUCUAUUCAGAAUAUAUCAACAAGAAAAACUCCAUGUGCUGCUUUUUAUGCAGACUAACACUGAGGAGUGGAAGAAGGAGAUUCAAAAAAUCAUUCCACCUCAUGUGUCUCUGCAACUGACUGAAAGAUGUGAAGUAAAAGGUGAUUUACCCAUUUUCAACAUAUCUGGUCAAGAGUCUGAACUUGAAUGGCUCUGCAACAGGUUUGUUGAGCACCGCAACAAGGUCAUUCAUAACAUUCAGGUAGCAAGAGAACAACAGGAUGAAACCGAGGAGCUCAGAGCGAGAGUUGAGGAGCUGCGACUGGAAAACAACAGGCUUCGAGGGCAAUUGCUGGAUAUUCAAACCAGGAUGCGUCCUCCUGAGCUCUACAAUGAGAUCAGAGAAAACAUUCAACAUGGAGGAGCAGCACAGAUGAACAGAGCAGCUGAGAUUGAGGAGAUCAACGUGAGAAUCAGGGAGCUGGAACAGGAAAUCAGCGUGCUUGAGAGGCGACUGGCUGAACUCCAAACCAGAGGACAGUGAUUCGCUGAUCUGUUUUCAUCAAUGCAAUGGAAGUGGAUAAAGUUAAACAUACAGUCUCCUCCAAAAGUAUUGGAACAGCAAGGUCAAUUCUUUUGUUCUUGCUAUACAGUGAAGUUUGAAAUCAAAAGAUGAAUAAGAGACAAUAUAUCAGAACUUACUUCAGCUUUAAUUUAUAUUAAGAUGUGUUUUUUUUUUUACUUAGAAUAUGGCACCUUUGGUGGCAGACCACACAGAUUUUAGAUGAUGAAAAGUAUUGGAACAGAUAGCUACAAGCUCAAACCAAGAGUAAACAUUGAGAAAUAUUAAAUUGCUUAAAAAAUUAAUCAAGCAGGGCACACCUGGACAACAAGAAAUAUCCAUCAGUCACAUGAUCCAGCAUUUUUGAUCACCUGAAAAAUGAGGAGUUCAAAUUAGUAGAAGACCUGGUUUAGAUAUGUAUGCACAUAAUUUAGGAGAGGAUAACGCAACUGUUAUAGGCUAAUUUGAACCCAAGAAACAACUUAGCAUGUGUGCCAAAAUCGCUAUCUGGGGCAAACAGGCCGAAAAUCACCAAUCCAAGAUGGCUGCCAGUAGACAUAUUGAAAAUAUCAAUUUUUGAACCACUUACCACAGAAGUAUGUGCAAUACCUCAUUUUAUGGGUUUUUUUGUAUGGGGAAUCCAUUAGUGACAUCAUUUUCAUGAUUGAAGGAAAAGGGAACAAGCUAUGGUCAAGGGCAAGGUAAAAAAAAAACACCAAAAAUUGGCCAAAAUUGCAGUUUCACAGAAAACAUGAGAAAAACAGAAUAACCCUACCUCAAACAUGAAAUUAUGGAAUUGGGAGACCUAUGCACAUAAUUUAGGAGAGUAUAAGAAAGCAAGCAUUUGAUUAAUAUGAAGAAAUUGUGUUUUAAAUCAUACUAUUAUGAUCAAUGGAAUGUUAACUUAAAGUGAAGAAUACAAAACAAAACUUAUUGCUUUAGUAGGCAGCAAUAUCUUAAGAGCCUAAAUGUUUAACAGCCAACAAUACAACUUUUAACAUCACACUAUUACUGUUUGUGUCACAUAAACCAGGGUCAGGAACAUGAAGAGUAAUACAAUAAUAAUAAUACCGUAAUACCGGUGGCCAUCGGUAAUUUCCAGGCUGUUUGCCCCAGAUAGCAAUUUUGGCACACAUCCCAAGUUAUUCCUUGGGUUCAAAUUAGCCUUUAACAGUUGAGUUAUCCUCUCCUAAAGUAUGUGCAUACAUGUCUAAGCCAGACCGGCUAGUGGCCUAGUGGUAGCGUGUCCGCCUCUCGAUUGGGAGAUCGUGAGUUCUAUUCACGGUCGGGUCAUACCAAAAACCAUCAUAAAAAUGGUACCUACUACCAUCUGGCAAGGCAUGCUGCAAUACAGAUGCAAGUGGGGAGUUAAACUCUUGUGGUUACCAGAGGACUAGCCCCCCACUGUAACCCUAGCUAUGUAAUAGGCAAGAGGCCGAGGGCUGUGGAAACGGAGAUCGGCACCGCCUGAUGCGCCACAUGGCGUGGGAAGGGACGACACACAUGUCUAAGCCAGGUCCUAGACUAAAUCAAAGAUACCAUGUUUUAUGGUGUUUAACACAUUUAGAGGUAAAUAUCUGGAAAUUGAAAAGUUAAGAUUUAUCAUCUCAUAAGCAGCUUUUGAUCUCAAACCCAAAUGUCCUCAGUGUAUGGCAAAAACAAAAGAGUUGGCCCUGCUGUUCCAAUACUUUUGGGGGACUGUGUAUAUAUUAUUACAAAUAUAUUAACUGCAAAUUUUAAAAAAUAAACCACAAUACCAAAUGUCUAAUCAACAAAAAAAAAGUGCACAGACAAAAUCAUCAAUAAAUUCAUAUGGCCUGUUCGGAAUAACAGCAAAGAUCCAAUCUGCUGCUCUUUAGGCCAACUAAUGCUGUGGAGUGACUGAGGUGGACUGAUAACUGGAUUCCACUGAAUCUGUCUUUUCAGCUGUCCAUGAGAUGUGCAAAAAUAUCUCCACACUUACCCUGUCUGGUACUCAGGAGGACCUUGUAGAUUUCUAUCAUGAUUUUCUUCAGCUCCUCAAUGACAUCAAUGAAAACGUCCAUGAUGGAGGAGCCAUAUAAGAGGGGAGCUGCUAGAACCCUGGUGCUCAUCCAACAGCGCUUCUGGUGGCCAUCCAUCAAGGAAGACGUCCAGGAGUUCGUGGCAGCCUGUGACACAUGUGCCCGGAACAAGACAGCCAAUCAACCCCCUGCCGGCUUGCUAAGACCCCUCCCGAUUCCUCAUUGACCCUGGUCUCACAUCGCCCUGGACUUCAUCACAGGACUCCCCAACUCAGGCGGCAAUACAUGCAUCCUCACUGUCAUUGACCAUUUUUCCAAGACUGUCCAUUUCAUUCCUCUGCCCAAGCUCCCCUCAGCCAAAGAGACCGCAGAGCUACUCAUCCACCAUGUUUUCCACCUACAUGGUCUGCCUACUGGCAUUGUUUCUGACUGGGGUCCUCAGUUCAUUGCACAGUUCUGGAGAGCCUUCAGCAAACUCAUCGGGGCCACCUGUAGUCUCUCCUCAUGUUAGGACUAGGACUGUUUUGGCCUCUAGAGGCCGCUGUUAUUUCCUUUUCAUGUCAUGUUUAUUUUGGCCUCUAGAGGCCGCCACUGUUCCUGUGUUUUGUGUUUUUGUUAAUUGCCUGUUUGUCCUGAUUAUCUUCACCUGUGUCCUUAAUUAGUUUGUGUAUUUAUACCCCUGAGUUCAGUCCUCUUGUCACGAAGUCUUUGUGCUGUUAUGUUUAUCUCCAGUUUCCUUUGUACUGUGUUCUUGGUUUUGCACUUUGCUUUCUUUUGGAUUUAGUAGUGACUGUUUUUGGAUCUUCUGAGCUUUUGCAUUUUUGCCUUUUCCUUUUUGGACCUUAAACUUUUGAUAUUUUAUUUUUCCCUUUGUCUUCCCAGUGUUAGAUUAUACUCUUUGUUGUUUUUUGUUUUGCCCUGUAUAUAGUGUAUAUAGUAUAAAUAAACCUUUUGAUUCUUUUUCUACUUCCGCCUCACGCCUCUGCAUUUGAGUCAUCCCCCUGGUGGCCUAGUGGGGAUUUGCUGGAUCAUCACACCAACGAACCAGGUUCGAAUCCCAGCAAAACCCUAACACCUCAGGCUUCGACCCACAGACCAACGGCCAGGCAGAACGGGCUAACCAGGCUUUGGAGGUUGCACUCAGGUGCAUGGCAUCCAGGGAUGCCAGUUCUUGGAGCAAGUACCUACCUUGGAUCGAAUACGCACAUAACACUCUACCUUCCUCUGCCACAGGUCUCUCUCCAUUCCAGUGCUCACUAGGGUACCAACCACCACUGUUCCCCAGCCAGGAGGAGGAGGCUGCCAUACCCUUGGCCCAGAUCUUCAUAUGCCGCUGCAGGAGGACAUGGGCAAUGGCCCGGAGAAGACUCAUUCUCUCCGCUCUAGCAUCCAAGAGGCAGGCCGACAAAUGCCGCUCUAAGGUGCCCACCUACCGGGUGGGGCAACAAGUCACGCUCUCCACAUGCCACCUGCCACUCAGAACCGUCUCCCGCAAGCUGGCUCCCAGGUACCUAGGACCUUUCCUCAUCAGCAAGGUCAUCAAUCCAUGUUCCAUCAGACUGGCUUUACCACUCACCAUGUGACGUGUUCACCCCACCUUUCACGUAUCACAGCUUAAACCCCUGGUCUCCAGUCCUUUGGGUUUUUCUAGUUCAUGGUUUUUGAACUUAGGGUUUUUUCUGUUUAUGUUUUUUUUUUUUUUUUUUGCUCUAGCAUUUUUGUCCUUGUCUGUCUCGUGUUUUUGUCACAUUUUUUUGUCUCUUUUUACCUGGACUAUUUUUGCCAUUUGUUUGUUUACCUUUUUUGCCACGCCCUUUCCCUGGAUUAAAUCUCAUUAUUUAUUGGAUUACUGCCUGUGUGUUCUGCUUCUGGAUCCUAAUCUCACCACCCCUAACAGUUUCAUCAUAGUUUCAUUUCAAUAUUGUGAAAAUUGGCCAAGCAUCCAUGGACUAGUUCAUAAAAUUUUCACAUUCUGCAAAUUAUAACAAAUUUGAGUGGGUCGAGCUAAAUUGUCAAAGAAAUUUGAGAGUUUUGGCAACAUAAUCGUACAAAAAAGAAGACAUUUUACCAUACACCUAAGUUUGCAAGAGAUAUGCUUGUUUCUAUAAGCACAAACACAAAUAGUGCUUCCAGUAGCCGGUGUGAGCAAUAUUGCAUCAGUUUAUACUGGGUCACGACAGGAACAGACCAUGUAAGGUUUAUGAAGAUAGCCCAAUGUAAACUCUAUCAAAAGCCUGCUGAAAGCUGAUUAGUUUACGGUGAUGAAAUAAUGAGGUCACCAUCAACAGUCCUUUUAACUUGUGUGGUGUUCGUAUUUUUGUUACUCAGCCAGUGUUGGUGGGUCUGGUGGACCCGCUGCAUUUUGGUGCUUUAAAUUCAACACAGUCAAACAAUUUUACAUUAAAUGCUUAACAGAUGUUUACUUCACCCCAAUUACAAGCAACAUAAACAGCAUAUAUGGUUAAUAUUUGCCCUU